AUGGUCAAACUGAACUCAAGGAUAAAAAGCGAAAUCCAAAAACUGUACAAUGCAAGAUACGAGGUCCGGAUGAUCGAGGGAAAAUCAACACAGAUGGAGGUCCUGAUCAACGGCCCUGCAGACUCGCUAUACAGUGGUGCAAAAUACAUCGUGAACAUCUUGCUUCCAGACAGCUAUCCGUUCAAAAGCCCGUCAAUAGGAUUCAAAACACGCAUCUUCCAUCCAAACAUCGAUGAGGUCAGCGGCUCAAUCUGCCUCGACGUCCUUAACCAGAUAUGGUCUCCGAUCUAUGACCUGCUCAACAUCGUUGAUAUCCUUAUUCCACAGUUGCUGACAUAUCCAAAUCCCUCAGAUCCACUCAACUGCGAAGCUGGCUCACUCUACCUGACAAACAGAGAAAAGUACAACGAUGUUGUGCGAACAUACGUCGAGCAAUAUGCAAUCCCAAUAACCAAAGAAAUACCAUGCCCAGAUCCACAUGCAUACAUUACCGACGACGAAAGCAUGGAAAUAUAA